GUUUUAGUUAAUAUCAACGACAUGUGGGCUUGGGUGGAAAAAAUUUGAUUUAUCUUGAAUAAUGUUUUAAGUUCAAAACUUAUGAAUGGAGAGGUGUUUGGAGAGUGAUCAUUUAUAGACAAACCGAAUCCAAAAUGUUUAGAAAUUAUCUAUAAUCUAUCUAUGUUUAAUACUCGUAUUUAUUCUUGAAAUAAUAGUAGAACAGGGGAAAAUAUAUAUAAUUCCUUGCCGGGAGCCAGAAGUAAUCCAUUUUCUUUAAGAAAUUGGGCACAAAGAAUUCUUGGAAAAAAGGAAGUAGUACCGCAGAAAAAAAAAAGAAGGUUAUUUUAUUUCUUGUCCUAAACCAACCUGUAUUAGUAAUUCUGAUUCUAAACAGAUUUGGAAAUCAAAACCUGUAUAUAUAUAAAUAAUGGGCUCUACCCUACUCUGUUCUCAGAUUGUGAGUAUUUUUCUUUCUUUCCUUUUGCACAUACUCGACAAUGGCGAUCUUCGAGAAAGGAGAUAAAGUAGAAGUUUGCAGCAAAGAACAAGGCUUCUUGGGUUCAUACUACGAAGCAACGGUUAUAAACCCAAUUGACGGCGGCGAAUACCAAGUGCAGUACAAGAACCUGGUGACGGAUGACAUGUCUCAGCAGCUGAUAGAGACAGUCACCGCCGAGGAGCUCCGCCCUCUGCCGCCACUGAUGAAGAGGCCUAACGAGUUUUGGUGUACGGAGGAGGUGGAUGUGUUCGACAAUGACGGAUGGUGGGUUGGCACGGUUGUUGGGAGGCAGAAGAAGAGGUACAAGGUGUAUUUUGCUAGCUGUGACCAAACGCUUUGGUUUCCUAUUUUUAAGUUGAGAAGACAUCUCAAUUGGUGCAAUGGGAAGUGGUUUUCCUCCAAUAAAAGGGCAGCAGAGACUCAGUUCGAGCAUCUAAUAAUCCAGAAAAAAGCAAAUCUUUCAUGUCAAAACUAAAGAAUUUUCAAGAAAAAAUAAUGUAAUUUAGUUCUCUAUUAUUGAUACCAACUAAGUCAAUAAUUUAGUUGUAAUUAUUUUUCGUUGAAAGUAAAAGAUGAAAAAAUAAAAAAAAAGGGUUCCUAUCAUUGAUAUUCUAUGCCGUUACAUGGCUUAUUUCUACUUUAUGAACUUGGUUUUUAUUUCAUUUUUUGUAAAGAUAAUUGGGUUUUUCAUGGUAAUAUAUAUUUUGAUAAUUU